AUGGCGCCCACCCGAGCACCUACACGAGGCCAGGCUGGCAAUGACGGCUCAAGGCAGACAAGGCAAGCAAAGGUGGAAAAGCUGUCUCGACUUCCUGAAGGCUCCAAGAUACAGAAACGAGCGCUCGCCCGCCCACAGCAACCCAUUUCACCAAAGUCAAAGUACAUCUGCGUCGGCACGAAAUGCUCCUUCAUGUCCGUUGUCUCGCGCGUCCGCACACAGCUCGACAAGUCCCUCAAGCACAACGCGCCGUCAACGCGAGGCCUGAACCUGAACCAGCGCGUCGACCUCCUGCACCGCGACAACGGGACCAAGGGGGGCGAUGGCGAAGCGGUGGUUCUGGGAGCCGGUAAGGCCAUCGAAAAGGUCUUGGCAGUCGCAGCGUGGUUUACGGAGCAGUGCGACUGCGUGGUCGAGGUGCGGACCAAGACCGUGCGGGUGGUGGAUGAUGUUGUUCUUGAGGGUGAGGAUGACGGGUUUGAGGAUGAGAGUCGAGUGAGGAAGUUGAGCGGCCUGGAGGUUAUUGUAAGGCUGAGGUAA